ACACAAUUGUAUAUCUCUCUCACUAAAUAUAAAUUCUAGAGAGAGAAAGCAAGCCAAAACAAAGCAACCCCCUUCCUAUUUAAGCCACCCAAACUCAAAUCUUUAUCAAUUCCAGAGAGAGAGAAGAGAGAGAGCUGACAAGCAUGGCAGAGUCAAGUGGUUCAGUUCUUGUUGAUAUGAACACUAUUUAUCUUGGUGGAAAGGAACAUAUUGUCAAGACCCGCUGUGGUCCUGUCUCUGUUAUUGUUUACGGGGACCCAGAUAAACCAGCUUUGCUUACCUAUCCUGAUUUGGCUUUAAAUCAUAUGUCAUGCUUCCAAGGUUUGUUCUUUUGUCCAGAAGCAGCAUCUCUGCUGCUUCAUAAUUUCUGCAUCUACCAUAUCAGUCCCCCCGGGCAUGAGUUAGGAGCUGCAGCAAUUAGUCCUGAUGACAUAGUGCCUUCUGUUGAUGAUUUAACGGAUCAAAUCCUCGAGGUGCUUAAUUAUUUUAGGCUUGGUGCAGUGAUGUGCCUGGGGGCAAUGGCGGGUGCUUAUAUUGUCACCCUGUUUGCUAUAAAAUACAGGGAACGAGUUCUUGGUCUGAUACUCAUCUCCCCUCUAUGUAAAGCACCCUCAUGGACUGAAUGGUUGUGUAACAAGGUUAUGUCAAAUUUGCUAUAUUUCUAUGGGAUGUGUCAUUUACUGAAGCAGUGUUUACUCUACCGAUACUUCAGUGAGGAAGUUCGUGGCAGCCCAGAAUUCCCAGAAUCAGAUAUUGUUCAAGCAUGCAGAAAGUUACUGGAUGAGAAGCAGGGCGCAAAUGUUUUGCGGUUUCUUCAAGCAAUAAAUAGGAGACCUGACAUUACUGAAGGCCUAAAGACAUUAAAAUGCCGAACACUAAUCUUUGUGGGGGAUCAAUCUCCUUUCCAUUCAGAAGCUCUCCACAUGACUGGAAAACUGGACAGAAGAUAUUGUGCCUUAGUUGAGGUACAAGCAUGUGGAUCAUUGGUUACAGAGGAGCAGCCACAUGCAAUGUUGAUACCAAUGGAGUACUUCCUCAUGGCAUACGGCCUGUACAGGCCUUACCAGCUGAACGGCAGCCCGAGGAGCCCACUUAGCCCGUCAUGCAUUUCUGCAGAGCUCCUCUCUCCUGAAAGUAUGGGCUUGAAGCUUAAACCAAUCAAGACUAGGGUGCCACCUGACUCAAGUGAUGAUGAAGACAGACUGCUAGUGCACAUUCAAUCUUGAUUAACCUUGUUUAAAGCUGUUUGUAGUUACUACAGACCUUGUUGUAUUUAGUUUGUUUUACAUGCAAUAUUCUUUAAAUAGGAUAAAAGGGGUAAAUAUGUGAUAAAAAAAUAGGUAGGGGACAGGACAUUCUUUUGUUACUUGAGACAUAAGGCAGAUUACAGUUGUUUCGUUCUUUUGAUUCUUUAACAAUCAUAUAAAGUGCUUGAUGCCAAGCAUCUCCAA